AUGGCGAACCUGAGUGUGCUCUGCCUCUUGGUGUCACUGCUUCACCUGGCUCCUCUCCAGGCCUGCAGAGUAGGGACAAAGGAGGAAUGUGACAGAGCCCCUUUUGUCCCCAGUCACAGUCUCGUUGGUGAGGGUUUUAACGUGGUGACGCUUCAGCACAAAGGUGCUUACGCUAUUGACAUGCAGACCUACCUUACCCCUACCAACACCUGUACCUUGUGUACCAACCCUCUCAUGGGGGACCAACUGCAGAAACUGCCCCUGUCUGUGCUGGACUGGCGAGCCUUCAGUACUUGCAGGCAAAGUCUGUCCAGUUCUGUGUUUAGCUCUGUUAGUUCUCUUUUGGAAAGCUCUACCUCGUCCAUUGAGAAUGACUGGAAGGUGGGCAUGGGCCUGCCUGGAGUUGCUAAUGUGCAGCUAGCGGGUAGUCAGUCAGCUGAGUCCAAGUUUGCCACCCACAGACAAAGAGUGGACAAGACUUCGUUCACCUCCCAUCAGCUUACCUGUUCUUAUUACCGCUACCGUGUCCCCAGUGCACCUCCCCUGAGUCCAGAGUUUCAGAAACAUGUCGACUCCCUCCCCCACGAAUACUCCAUAGACACCGCCUACCUGUACCGGCGCUUUAUCAAUACCUACGGCACUCACUACAUCCAGCAGGUGCAUCUUGGUGGGAGUUUUAAAAGGGUAACGUCUGUCCGCACUUGCUUGUCCACUUUAAACAAGAUAUCUGCUACCCAGGUGGAGAACUGCCUGAGAGUAGGUAUCUCAGUGGGUCUUGGUCAGUUAGAAGCAUCUGCAUCCAGUGGCAGCUGUAGAAAAGUGCUAAAUAACCAGGACAGUGUGACAGGGUACAAUCUGGGCUUUCUGAACCACAUCACAAUGGUGUCGGGUGGAGAUGGGUGGCCAGGGGUGUUUUCCAUGACCCGAAAUGACUCAGUCGGGUUCCACAGGUGGCUAGGCAGCAUCAAGGAAAACCCUGAGAUUGUGUCCUAUUCUCUCCUCCCCAUCCACGAGCUGGUGAGCAACGCCACUGUGAGGGGUCACCUCCAGCAGGAGGUCAGGAAGUACAUCUUAGACAAUGGCAUGGCAAAAAAGCCCAAACCCCCAGCAUGUGGCUGGAAUCGGCCCAACCUCUCCCCGGAUUGCUGCCCGCUGCACACACACAGGGGCCGGCUCACAGUGUCGGUGCUCAGGGCCUGGGGUCUGAAGGGGGACCCUGUGGGCCGUACCGAGGGCUACGUUAGAUUUUGGUAUAACGGCCACUACCGAAGAACAAGAUGGAUCAAAUCAAAUAACAACCCUGUAUGGAACUCACACUUUGACCUGGGAAAUGUUGACACAACGCAGCGACUUAGAAUUGAGGCUUGGGACAAAGACGUGAAACACGACGACAGAUUAGGAAGACAGCUAUGA